AAAAACCAAACCCUCUGCCAUCCGGUUUAUGGUCUCUAUGCGAAAAAAUUAGCAGCAACGAGUAAAUGAGCGAAAGCGCGCGCAGCAGUGCAGCCUAAACACCUCCAAAUGCGCAAAACCCUCUAACUCUCUCCAUGAACCUCACACACACCCGGAAUGGACUGCACUAUUAAGGAAGCUCUGGCGGUAGUGAGUGAGGAUCAGUCCAUAUUUGAUCCAGCGUUUGGAAGCAUGAAGUCCGAGAUCACGUCUCCGGUGGUACAGGCCGGGUUCAGACAGGGAUCAGAGGAAAGUACAGAGUCUGAUUGGACGAACACGUCAGUGAGCAAUCCUGUGAAGAAAAACGAACACAUCAACGGUGCUAGUCGUGAGUCUCCAGUUGAGGUCAGCAGUGCUAAAAGAGGUCGUCACAUCAGCAGUAGUGACGGAGGACAACAGCCGUAUCAACCGUCAUACCAGGAGCCCAGGACAAGUCCACAGAGCACCACUGAGGAGAAAAGAGUCAUCGUUCCCGCAGACCCGGAGGUAUGGACUCAGGACCAUGUGCGUCAGUGGGUGGAGUGGGCGAUUAAAGAGUACAGCCUGAUGGAUGUGGACGUGUCCGUCUUCCUCCCGCUGGAUGGCAAGACGCUCUGCAAAAUGACGAAAGAGGACAUGAUGCGUCUCACAUCACAUUAUAACACAGACGUCCUGCUGUCACACCUCAACUACCUCCGCCAGAGUAGUCCGACUUUCUCGUACCCAACGAGCCCCACUAACACACAGCCCCCGCCGAGACUACAGGUCAAAGCCGAAAACAGUUUUGAGGAAAUCAGCAGGAGAAACAGCUGGCCGUCAGGUGCCAUGACAGUUCCAAAAGUGGAGCAGCAGCACAACAGGAUCACAGAAACACCCAGAAUCACUCAAGAUCCGUACCAAGCGUUAGGGCCAAUCAGCAGCCGCCUCGCUAAUCCAGGUUCAGGUCAGAUUCAGCUGUGGCAGUUUUUGCUCGAGCUUCUGUCGGACAGCGGCAACUCCACCAUCAUCACCUGGGAGGGAACAAACGGCGAGUUUAAGAUGACGGACCCGGACGAAGUGGCAAAGCGCUGGGGCGAGCGCAAGAGCAAGCCCAACAUGAACUACGACAAGCUGAGCCGUGCCCUGCGCUACUACUACGACAAGAACAUCAUGACCAAAGUGCACGGCAAGCGCUACGCCUACAAGUUCGACUUCCAGGGCAUCUCUCAGGCGCACCAGAGCCACCCGACCGAGGGCGGCAUGCUCAAAUACCAGAAUGAAGCGCCCUAUGUCCAGCCCUACCACAGCCACCAGCCCAAAGUGAACUUCAUGAGCGCGCACUCUGGCCCCAUGCAUGUGUCCCCAGGCAGCUUUUUCCCUCAAGCCACCAACUACUGGAACUCAGCGACCAGCGUGGUUUAUCCCAGCUCUCCCAUGCCGCGACACCCAGCCACACAUUUAAACUCUUACUAUUAAAAUAACACCCAGAUCAAAUUCAGGGGAUUCAUACUAACAGAGUUACUGCUCAUUUGUGGAGAUUUUUGUCAUAGAAAAGACUGUUUUUAAUCCUCCAACACAAAGAACACCAACAUUUGGUUGUUUGGACAAAAAGAUACUGCAUCACAAGUCUAAUUAUUAUUAAAAGGUGUAGAAUAAUAAAUGUCCACAUUUAGCCUUUUUUUUUUUUUUUUUUUACUUUUUUCGGCCGAAUGUCUUUUCUUACGACAUUUCAGUAUUUGACUUCUCUAGUAAACCUCGACUGCAAGCUGGAAGACUAAGAGGAUUCAUUUAGUUAUAAAUGAUAAGGAAUAUUUUUGAUAGAAAUUUACUUAUAAUUUUGUCAGUACUGCGAUCUGAUCUAAAGUAUUUUCUACCGAGACGCCUUCACAUAUGAGAUUGUUUUAGUUACUUCACUGGGCAAAAUCCAAUCUCACAGAGUAGAAACAGCAGUUUGUGUCAGUUCAUAUUUUAUUAACAUUUAUAGAUUUUGACGUUAUUUUGUAUUAUUAAAUGUGAUGCAGAAUCUGAAAUGUGGAUCUCUGUGAUUCACAACCUGCUGGAGAAGAAACCUAAAGGGGGCAAACACAGAAAAUAACAGGAGACUGUUUAACAUGGGCUUUCUAUAUGAUAUACAUAUUAUUACUUGUAGCAGUUAAUAUCACAACACACACAUGCACACACACACACUCACACACACACAUGCACACACACACACUCACACACACACAUGCACACACACACAUGCACACACAUGCACACACGCUCUCACACAAGUGUAUAUAAUAUUUUGCAUGUGUACAAAAGGGCUGAAGAUUACAAACUCACAUUCAUCUGGAUUUUGUUUUUUAUUCUGUAUUGUUUAUGACAUUGUACAGAUCUUUACACUUUAACACAAUAUUAGAUUUAUUAUGUAAUGAAUUUUUAACCAAUAAAAUAUACAAGUAUCUCACA